AUGGCCUAUAUUCUUCCACAUCUAUCCCCAACUCUUCUCUCAUCCAGAGACAAAUCAGCCGUCGUUGUUCCGCUGUCACCCCCGCCGGUUCCCGUUACCGGCGCCUCACCUCAGACGAAGCUCGAAGCACCGCCGUCGCGUGGGUCGGCGCAUGUUAGCUUGGCACCAGGCGCGCAGGAUAAGAAGGGGGACGAAAGGAAUGAGUUCUACGUCAAUUUGGGCUUAGCUGUGCGAACACUUCGUGAGGACAUGCCGUUGAUCUUCACCAAAGACCUCAAUUACGAUAUUUACAGGGAUGAUAUAACGUUCAAGGACCCACUGAACACGUUUUCCGGUAUCUCAAACUACAAACUGAUAUUCUGGGCAUUGAGGUUUCAUGGCAAAAUCUUAUUCCGAGAUAUAUCUCUAGACGUGCUCCGAGUCUGGCAGCCAUCCGAGACCGUGAUUCUAAUUAGAUGGAACCUAAUGGGAGUCCCUAGGGUUCCGUGGGAAGCAAAAGGCCAGUUUCAAGGCACGUCGAGGUACAAACUUGAUAGACGCGGGAAGAUUUACGAGCACAAAGUCGAUAACCUAGCAUUCAAUUUUCCCCAGAGGUUGAAGCCCACAGCUUCUGUUUUGGACUUGGUGACCGCUUGCCCUGCCAGCCCAAACCCGACAUUCUUGUGGGGCCCAGUUGAAAGCCCGCCAUGUUCGUGGGUGGAGUUGUAUCGGGCCGUGAAGGAGACAUUGGACCGGGAAGGUUCGAUGAUUCGUCAUGAUUGCUUGGCGACAUGUUCGUAG